AUGCUGUUAGCCAACCAAGUCAUUCCCCAAAGGCAGGGACCUCAUUGCUCCUUGCUGAACUCCUCUGCUAUACAGCCCAAACGAUUGGACCAACUUUGUGGCCAGCUCAUAAAGAAGGGAUGCGCUAAUCUCUUUGAUUGGAACAAUACCAUUAAAGCUUACACCAUCACCCACAAACCACACGAAGGUCUACUUGUCUACACAAAGCAUAUCCUCUCCAAUGGCCUCACCUUGAGACCCAAUGCCUUCACCUUCCUUUUCCUACUGAGAGGGUGCAAUUUGGAUGAGGUUAGAGCCAUUCAUGCCCAUGUCUUCAAAUUUGGUCUCCAGGGCCAUCAACUUCUUGAGUCCUCCCUCAUCAACUUUUAUGCGAACGCCGGCCUCGCCGACGAUGCUUGGAGCGUCUUCGACGGCGUUGCAGAGAAGGAUUUGGUCCAUUUCACGUCCAUGCUCAAUGGGUUCGCCAGAAAUGGGAGACUUGACGAGUCUUUGGUUUUAUUCCGCGAGAUGCUGAGUUUGGAUUUUUGUCCAGAUUCUGUGGCUAUUGUGGCACUUCUUCGACUGGUCGCGCAGUUUGGUGCUCACCAUCUCGGCCGAGCGCUGCAUUCUUGGGCCAUUAAAGCUCAAAUGAUGGAAAACCUUUUCGUGACCACCUCAAUUUUGGAUACGUAUGCUAAAUGUGGCGACUUAGAAGAUGCAUGCCAAGUGUUCGGUGAAAUGCGUGUGAAAGAUUUAUCUGCUUGGAAUGCAUUGAUUGCGGCACUUGCUGUGCAUGGCCGGGGGGAGGAAGCAAUACAAUUGUUUCAAAGAAUGGUAAAAGAGGGGGAAAAGCCUGAUCAAGCGACGCUAGUUAGCCUAUUGUCGGCUUGCAGCCAUGGAGGUAUUGUGCAAAAGGGGGAAACUUAUUUCCGAGGGCUCUUGAAAGGAGAUUUUGGGUUCAUGCCGAAUGUCAAGCAUUAUGGAUGCAUGAUUGACCUUCUUGGACGUGCUGGUCGAUUGGAGGAUGCAUGUGAGCUUGUCGAAACCAUGUUGGUUGAUGCCGAUGAAAUUGUAUAUGCAACUUUAUUGAGUGCUGCUUGUACUCAUGGCAACGUUCACAUUGCAGAAUUCGCUGCAAGUCGACUUCUUAAAAUGGGUGCUAAUAAUGCAGCCUAUCAGGUGUCUCUGUCCAAUAUGUAUGCUGCAAAGGGAAGAUGGGAAAAAGUUUCAGAGAUACGAAGUAGAAUGAGAGACGGAAGGCUGAAGAAAAUGGUGGGAUGGAGCUCGAUAAGAAUCAACCAUCAAGUUCAUAAGUUUGCCAUGGGAGAGGGUUUGCACCCUCGAUCUAAAGAAAUUCAUGCCAUGGUGGAAGAAAUGAUGGCAACAUUGAAGAUGUCUGGUUACGUGCCAAAUACGAGUGUAGUGCUUCUAGAUUUGGAUGACAAGGGAAAAGAACAGGACCUUAGCAGACAUAGCGAGAAGAUUGCAGUGGCAUUUGGGCUAAUAUCAACAUCCAAAAGCCAUGCUAUUAAGAUCAUGAAGAACCUUCGCAUAUGUAUUGAUUGCCAUACUGCCAUGAAGUUCAUAUCAUUAGUCUAUGGUCGUAGAAUAGUGAUUCGAGAUAACAAACGGUUCCACCAUUUUGAGGAAGGUCGUUGUUCAUGUAAGGACUACUGGUAG